AUGUCAUCGCGCCACUCUCGUCGCCGGAGUCCCAGCUCUGCAGCCGACACGGAGACCCGCAAGGUGCUCCCAGCUCGCAGUUCUCGCGGCACGCGCAUCAACAAACUCAUCGGCGAAGAGGCGGAGGCCGACGCGUCGUUCUGGGGCCAAGCGGCGUGGCAGGAAGACGGAGAAGACGAAGACUACUCCACCGAAGCAGAGGAGGAGGACAUUGUGGACUCAGAUUUCGACGACGAAGAAGCUCCAGAUGACGAGGUGCACGACGCUGAAGAAGAUGAGAAGCCCACGAGGCGCAAGCGCUCGGCGACGAGCUCUGGCCGCUACAAGGAGCCGAUCCAGCCUCGACCAGCUAAACGGAAGGCAGUUGCAGCAGUGAACAAGGCCCCAGUAGCAGCUGCUGCGCCGACGACGCCUGUGUUUGAGUAUGUGGCGCCGACGGUGCGGUCCUCGACGGCUAGAAAGUCGUCCGAGUCGUCCGAGAUGAGACGACGAGCGUCGCAUGAAGCGGCGAAGUUGGCGGCGAAGAACAAGAAGCCGCCGGUGGAGAAGACGGGGAACAGGUUGACGCAGGCGCAGCUACUGGCAGAGGCGGUGAGGACCGAAGUGGAGAAUACGCAGUCACUGCAGAGACUGGAGCAGCUGGAGGAGGAGAAGAAGGCGGAGAGCGUGGCGCCCAAGGCGCCGUUCACGGGCAGACACUGA